AUGAAACAAGUCCCACCACCAAAUUGCUUGUUUGGAUCAGACUGUUUAGGAUCAGCAGCAGGGAACAGUCUCUGUAUAGCACCAUUCCCUCUCUCCCUACCUCUCACUCCACCAUCACCACCCUUCAUACCCUCUCUCCCUACCUGCCACUCCACCAUCACCACCCUUCAUACCCUCUCUCCCUACCUGUCACUCCACCCACCCCCACCCCUUCAUCAUACCCUCUCCCUACCUGUCACUCCUCCACCAUCACCACCCUUCAUACCCUCUCUCCCUACCUGUCACUCCUCCUCCAACAACCUCCCCCUUCAUACCCCUCUCCCUACCUGUCACUCCUCCACCCCCACCCUUCACACCCUCUCUCCCUACUCUUACUCCCACCACCCCCACCCUUCAUACCCUCUCUCCCUACCUGUCACCCUCCACCAACACCCUCCUUCAUACCCUCUCUCCCUACUCUUUACUCCACCAACCUCUCCUUCAUACUCCUCUCCCCUACCUGUCACUCCUCCACCCCCACCCUUCCAUAUCCCCCCCUCUCCCUACCUGUCACCCUCCACCCCCACCCUUCAUACCCUCUCUCCCCAUCCUCUCUCCCCCCCACCCUUCUGCUUCACCCUCUCUCCCUACCCACCACCCCCACCCCUUCAUACCCUCUCCUCCCCUACCUGUCACCCACCCCCACCUUUCCAGUACCCUCUCCCUACUCUGUCACUCCCACCAUCCCCACCCCACCUCCUCCUCCUCUCUCCUACCGGCUCUUCACCUCCUCCCACCCCCACUCCUUCAUACCCUCUCUCCCCUACCUGUCACCACCCACCACCCUUCAUACCCUCUCCCUACCUGUCACUCCACCACCCCCCACCCUUCAUACCCUCUCUCCCUACCUGUCACUCCACCAACAACCUCCUUCAUACCUCUCUCUCUCCCUACCUGUCACCUCCCACCACCCCCAUGACCUUCAUAAUCUCGACCCCACCUGACCCUCCAUUUUUCGACUUUGACGAUUUUCGACGAUCGACGAUGAUCGAUUGA